AUGACAAGACGAAGUCUUCUGAAGCCUUUUUCUACAGCACCAGCUGCUUCGGAUGCUUCUGCUCCUGAGACUCUUGAUGAUGGGAUUGUUGGUCCGCCGGAUGACAUGGCCAAUGCUUCCAGUGCUCUUGCCGAUUGUUCAAAUCGUGGCGACAGUCUCACUCACAAUGAUGCACAUGUCUGCGAGGUAGUGUCCUCGGAAGCUUCAUCUAUGCCACCGGAUGCUUCGGCUGCACCUGCGAGUCAGGUGCUUGAUCGUUGGCUGGUGGGUCGGCACGCCAAGCUCGAAGUGUUGCGUGACACGCUCUUCGCAUGGCCGGAAGACAUGCUGCGGAGUGUUGCAUCCUUGCCAUGUGUAUCUGCUGCGGAGCACGCCGAGUACGCUGAGUAUCUGGUGACAGUGUUGAGCUCCAUGUCCCUGAGUACGUCGUUCUCGGGCGUGGAUUCACCGUCAACUGCGCUUGCCAUGAUGGGUGCAGCAGCUCUCAAAAUGCAGGGCCGCGAGGUCACCAAGGAUUCAGUGCCCAAGGCGUGCAACAAGUUUGGCAUCGAAUGGCUCCCGCAGUCUCAGCAAGAGCUCCGUCGACAUCCGUUUGGCCCCGGCUGCAUCUUCAGUGACAUUAAUGCCUUUUGGCUUCCCACCAUUGCAGACAAACUGGACACCAUUAGCCGUGAGCGCAGGAUCAUGACGAUGCUAAAGGACCUUGUGCAGACGACGGUGUGUACUGGCAGGAUAGCAUACUGUGAGAAGUGCAGCCGCAACUGCAAAGUCAGCGAGGCAGACCUCCACGUUGGAGGCACGCCAUGCGUAGACUUUAGUUCACGCGGACAACAAGACCAGCUUGACGGCAAAACAACAACAUCGCUGUUAGCGUUCGUUGCAAUGAGAAGGGAGAUUCAGGAGCCCUUCUUUGUCCAGGAAAACGUUCAAUCAUUUCCUGAUGAGUUUCUCUCGUCUAUGUUGUCGGACCUCUACGAGCUGCAAUCAUGUGUGCUAGACCCAGAAUGCACGUUCGGCUGGCCGGUAGCAAGGCGUCGCAAGUAUGUGGUGGGGCGACACAAAACAAAGACAGUGCCAUGGCACAUGCGGCUGGAUGACUUCAUCCGUGCAAUCGGCUGUGACGCGAAGGUCGCUGCUGACGGCACAGUUCCACCGUGGGAUAUCUUCUUUGUGGCUUCAGGUGAGGAGCUGCGUUCCGAACUGCUUUGGGCCGGCAACCGUCCUACGUCAAAUGCUGCGCUCGAGAGUGAAGAAGGAGAUGAGUCUGAUACGUUCAAAAACAGUCUAUCAGCUAUGGAGAAAAGGUUUCUCCAUGGUUAUGAGGCUCUUUGUCGAGAUCGUUGUUACAGUUUGGGUCAAGAUCCCCGCGACUUUGCCAAUUACUCCACAUGGGGCUGUAUGCGCACACUCAUCAAGAACGCAGGCAUUAUCUACAGUGACGUGCACAGACGCUGGGUCACACCAUGUGAGGCAUUCAUCAUGCAGGGAUUUCCGAUUUAUCCAAUGCUCUCACAUGGAGUUGCUAUGUCGUCGUUUUCGUUGGACGAAGUGCAUGUUGAUGACAACAAGUCCGGUAGGAAAGCCAGGUCAUCAUCCUUUGGUGAGCUUGCAGACAACUCCAUGGCAGAUGCUGAAAGGUACAAGAGGGCACACGAGGUGCUGUUCGGUCAGUCCAUGGAGGUUGCGGAGCGCUUCAACUCCGAGCAGGGCAUAUGUUUGCUGACCAAGAUUUUCGAGGUUUACCAGGACGGGCCACGGCGCACCAUCAAGUGGUUCAAAGAGGAUGGGAAGUAUCUACGCGACCUGCACAACUGCUUCCAUGGCGGUUUGGCUCCCACAUGGUUGGAAUCCAUCCUUGGAUCAAAAGAUGUGGAGGAGGCAUGGAAGCGGCACGCACAGCGGCAGGGCAUCACCACGUCCAGUGCGGCACACUACCAGAAGUCCUACUCGGAGUGGGUGACAGAAAACUUUUCGCAGAGGUUCAAGACUUUCCAGAUCUUUGAUCUUGCCAAGAGGGUCAUGCAUUACUUGAGCGAUCUGGACUGCGUGAACAAAUUCACUGAAGCUCUCGGCGAUCAUUGUGACUUUCAACACGAACAGUUGCAGACGCUACCAACAAUGCAGAACCUGCACGUGCUUGGCAAGCUGAUUUUAACUUUGUCCGCUGCCUACAGCCUUGAACUCUUGGCAGAGGUGCCCAUCAUACGGGACGCACCGAGUGGAUCGGGUGGUGACUACGACAUGCCGAUGCCUGAAUGGACACUUACAAAACACGUGCCGGGGAUCGUAGAUCGUCUCCGAACCGAAAUAGGGGGGGCAUCCUUCGCGGGCAAGCUCUUCAAGCCGCCGGCUAGUGCCCGUGCUCAAGCGAGUUCGGAUGGAACCGCACUCGACGUCAGUGAAUUGCUCGCUCCCAAGAAGCGGAAGCGAGCCACAUCAAAACCAAAAGCAAAGGGAAAAGCAGCAAAGAAUCGUGCCACUGAUGAAGACGCAGAGGAUGUGGAUCAACUUCUUGCAGACGUGGAUGAGGGCAGCGGGUGUACCAGGAGACGUUGGUGGAUUGAUGACUUGCUGUCUGCGCUCAUCCACGCGGCAG